GACAUCCAUUUCUUUUACAGGUUAUCUGGCAGUAAUUGUUGCAAAUCCACCAAAGCUUUGAUGUUUGGGUUGUGAAAUUGACAUAGCAGAAUCCACAAGGAAUGGAGAAAGCCAUUCCCACUGCUUUAUCAGAACAGCAGAAAGAGUGUGAGGAUGAUGAAAUGAACACUGUGCUAAUGACCCUGGUGCCAAAGAAAGAGGAUUUUGCUGCCCUCGAGUGUCCCCAAGGUGAAGAGAGAAUAGCUGCUUUUUUAAAAGAUGCAGAAACAUCUCUGGAGAGCAUGGCUCUGUUGGGGGCAUCAAAGGAAGAGGGGAUUGGUCUCAAGGAGGCUGUCCCCAGUUCUUCAGAGAAAUUAGCAGCAAUGGAUAGAGAGGGAAAAGUGAAUGAUGAGAUGUGCAGCCAUAAUGAGGAUUCCAUCUUUUUGUCUCCAUUCUCUCACCAACAGCCAGAUGAUGCUAUAGAAGUUUGUAAAGUAACAGAUGAACCCAGUCCUUGCCCUUGUGGCACUGAUACCAUCACUACUCACAGGAAGGAGGCCUGUAUCAAGACAGAAGAUCAUUUAAAAUUCAAGAAAGGAUGUUUCAAAGCAGACUCUAGGAAGUCAGAUCAAAGAAGCAUGACUGUCUUGUGGGACUGCUCUACUCAAGAGACAAUGGGUAGUGUCUCUAAAGAAGAAAGCACUUUAGAAAGACUCCCUGAUUUGAAAGAUUCCACAUGUUCUAAGGAAGAUCAGUGGAAAAUUUCUUCCUUCCCAAAGGAACCUGAUUCAGCAGUACAAUCUAACCCUGCAAAAACUGUGGACAUGAAUACUGAUGAGUCGGAAGGCGAUCUUGAGUACUCAGACCCUAUCAAGGCAGCAGUGGAAACUUCUCCACCAGAUACUGGAGCACAGACUGUUACUGUGGAAGAAAGAUACCACAACAAUGAACCAAAUCAGUUAGAAGCCUUCAGCAAAGAACACUUAAACAAAAGGCAGGAAAUGGAAAAGAAAGGCAUUCAAAAGUUUGACUGGCUUCAUGAGCACAAUGAGAAGCUUCGGCCUCUCUGUGGAAACAUAAAUAAGCCAGUAGAUGUGGCUGCAAACUUGUCUAUUAGGGGUCAGUCUGCACAAGAAGCAUCUUUGUUGGCUUUGCCAGUAUUUAGAAAAAAUUUAAAUCCUCACUUCAGCAAAGCAAAGGCUGCUGAAGGUGCACUUUCUCCCAGGAAAGGUCAGGCAGUAGACUCUGAUUUAGAUGAAAUAAGUUCUCUUAAUGCUGCUGAAUGGACAUUACAGAAAUCAGGGCUUCAGACACCCAUGGACCUUGCUGUCCACAAACAUGCUUGGAAUGUUAAUGUGAGAGACUCUGUGGAACCUCUUUCCUGUAGCACCUACGAUGAGACAAGGUCCUACGUGUGCAAUGAUCUGCUGGAUGAGCAGAGAAAAGACAACCAAGUCCAGGAAGAGGAUUCUACUGUAUACACUUGCAUUGAAUGCAGCAUUUAUUUUAAAAAGAAAGAACAUUUGAUGGAUCAUAUGAUUCAGCACAACAGGGGAUUAGGAAUGGAACAAGGCAGUGAGGGCAAUGGAGGUCAGUUCACUUGUAAUGAGUGUGGAUGGCCUUUUGUGGACACUGCUUCUCUAGAGCAGCACAAGAGACUCCAUCAGGAAUCAAGAGAGAAAAUCAUUGAGGAAAUUCAGAAACUUAAUGAAUUCCCAGAUGAAGGUCGUGAUGCCAGGCUACAGUGCCCAAAAUGUGUGUUUGGUACCAACUCUUCUAAGGUGUUUGUCCAGCAUGCAAAGAUGCAUGUUAGGGAAAGAAAAGAUCAAGGUCUGAAGAAUGUAAACUUGUUUGCAAGUUCUGGUGGCGGUGGUGAUCCACGGGACAGCUCUGGGCACAACAUAUAUAGACCCUUCAGGCCAAACGAGCAUGUACCUCAAAUUAUAUAUGCACACAGUAGCAGCAAAGGUCUUAGUGUAUGCAUGCUUUGCAGCUUCCCUGCCCCAAAUGAAAAUGUUUUAAAAGAACAUAUGAAAUAUGCUCAUUCCCAUGUGACUUGGAACAUGGAGAUUUGUGAUGCAGACAUGAAUCAACCUGGAACUAGUAGGUGUGCCUACAGCCCUGCCAGGUCAGGUCAGCUUUCAGAAACUGAUUAUGUGAGUAAACCAGAAAGGCUCUUUUCCCAACCCCACUCUGAAACAAUGACCCACUAUGAAUCGCUCCAUGGCUGUAUAGCGGGCCACCAGGAACUUGAUGAAAGCAAUGGCGCUAAUAAAAAAGACAUCCCAAUGCCUGGAUUUCGGGCUAGGAAACGAGCUCCCUAUAGCUCUUCACACAAGAUCUUGGGAAUGUCCACACUUACCUCAACAAAACCUCCAUAUGCCUGGAAACAAAUGAGGAAGAAAAGCACAGCGUGGCCCACUGAGACUGAGAGAGGCAAGGUGAAAAGCCAUCCAGGUGGUGUGGAAGAACUCCAACAUAAAUGGCUACCUAUAAAUGAUAGCAGCAUGGAAGAAGAAUUCCCUUUAGCUACAGAAAUAAAAUUAGCAGAAAACAGAUACUUCAGACCUAUUGCUAUUCCUCAGCCUGCCUUGGACCUCAAAAGGAUAUUUCGGGGCAUUUUGAAAGCAACAGAUUAUUCCAUAGCAUCAGCAGGGCAGCAGCAUCAGUUACGUCAAAUGGUUCCUUUUGUUCUUCUCGAGCAGCUUAAUUUUUAUCCCAGAAAGAUGAAGCAAUCUACGAUGAAGAUUUUCAAGAAAAAGGUGUCACCUCCUUCCCAAGAGUUUGGAAUGGAUGAGUCUCUUCCCUUAAGUGUCUUCCUGUUAGACUCUCCUCUUGAAGGGUCUCUAGAACUGGAUGAUCUUCUGGAUGCAGAUUCAUCAGUGCUGAAGAAUGAGGAGAGGAAAUGCCCAUACUGUCCUGACAGGUUCCACAAUGGGAUUGGCUUAGCCAAUCACGUGCGGGGCCACCUGAACAGGGUGGGUGUGAGCUACAAUGUCCGUCACUUCAUCUCUGCAGAAGAAGUGAAAGCUAUUGAGCAAAAAUUUUCCUUCCAAAAGAAGAAGAAAAAAGGUAUUGCAAACUUUGAUCCAAGUACUUUCAGUUUAAUGAGAUGUGAAUUUUGUGGAGCUGGUUUUGACACACGUGCAGGGCUGUCCAGCCAUGCCAGGGCCCACCUGAGGGAUUUUGGGAUCACCAACUGGGAGCUCACCAUCUCACCAAUAAACAUCUUGAAGGAGCUGCUAGCAAAUUCAACAGAACAUCCUAUGCUUCAGACUGCACUAAGAGCACAUCCUUCAUCCCCAAACCAUGAGAGAGAUAUGCUUGGAUUUGGGUCCUGCAAAAGCAUAACCCCCGUAUUUGAAUGCAGCAUUUCACGAUCACCUUUCUCCUCAUUGCCUUCAUCCUGGGUAGAGAAACCCAUACCGUCCUUCAGAGGUGUCAUGGCUUCUGAAGAGGAAGAUGAUAUGGUUACAACAGAAAUGGAAUCGCCACCACUCCAGAAGAAGAAUUCUGUGGCUGGGUCACUAGACCAAAUUCCAAGCAGAAUAGGGAACUCGCUGUCUCCAGAAUCUUCCAGCAAUAAGGCAGACUCCCAAGAUUCUAAAACACCAAACCUCACGACGUGCGAGGUCUGUGGCGCCUGCUUUGAAACCCGCAAGGGCCUGUCCAGCCAUGCCCGUUCUCACUUACGUCAGCUCGGUGUGGCUGAGUCCGAGAGCAGCGGAGCCCCCAUCGACUUACUGUAUGAAUUGAUGAAACAGAAGGGCAAACAGGACAGCGGCCCCAUCUCUCCAAGUCUUAGCAAAAAAUCUGCUUCUCCCAAAGAAGUGACUGCAGGGUCCUCACGGCCAACAUUGUUGCCCCUCACUACAGAACGGCCUCAAGAGCCACCUGUAAACAAAGCAAUCAAAUCCCCUCCAGGUUUCAGCUCCAAGAAUGUUGCCCAGCCAGGAUCUCCCAUACUCAAGAAAGUGACACCUGGUCUGCCUGGUUCUCCUCCACCAAAGAACCCUGAAGACAAGAGCCCUAAGCUACCGCUGAGCCCCCUGCAGAGCUCUCCUAAAGCACAGUGGCCACAACUGGAGGAAGAAGGCCCCUUAAAUCUAACUGUAGAUAGUGACUCGGGCAGAGAAAUUGACUGCCAGUUAUGUGGUGCCUGGUUUGAAACCAGAAAAGGGCUGUCAAGUCACGCUAGAGCCCACCUGAGACACCUGGGAGUGAGCGAUCCAGAUGCUAAAGGAUCUCCUAUUGAUGUUUUAAAUGAUCUCAUCAAAAAUGAAGACUUCAAAGGCCGUCUUUCCUCUCUCCUCCCUAGUGAGAGAGAAUCAUUAGGGGAGACCGGGAGCUCUGAUGGACUCAGCCCAAAGAGCACCGCUGCAGCAGUGCCUGCCAUAGGCAUGAAACAAGCACAUUCACCAAAGUCUUUGGGCAAACAGCCAUCUGCACUGUCACCUCACUCCCCUCCACCAUCCAAGAAACUGAAGCCGCAUGGCCACAGACUGUCAGCUGUGGCCACUCUGCAAAGGAAACAGGGUCUUUCUUCCAGCAUGUACUGGGCAUCUGAUGCUGAGAUGGCUCCACUCAAUCUCUCUUCUGGAGCAGAGCCUGUGCGAGACAUCAGGUGUGAGUUCUGUGGUGAAUAUUUUGAGAACCGGAAGGGGCUGUCCAGCCAUGCCAGGUCACAUCUGCGUCAGAUGGGGGUAACGGAGUGGUAUGUGAAUGGCUCCCCCAUUGAUACACUCCGAGAAAUCCUGAAACGACGGGCUCAGCCUCGGACCAGUACCUCUGGCUCCCCAGCACAGGGUCAGAACCCCAUUGCCCCAUCUCUUCUUGGAGGCUCUCUGGAACCAUGCAGUCCAGGGGAAAGUCAUGUGCCUGCCAUCACUAAAAAGCCACCGCAGCCAGGAAGUCCUCUGGGGCAAUCUUCUACCUCUUCCCCUCCCCCAACUGCUAGAAAAAUUUUCUCUGGGCUUCCAUCUCCCUCUUUGCACAAGAAACUGAAGCAAGACCAUUUGCGAAUGGAAAUCAAGCGGGAAAUGAUGUCUGGGGGACUUCACAGUGAGUCACAUCUGUCAGACAGACCUUGGUCACGAGAGGAGAUAUCUCCACUCAAUCUCUCUUCUCGUGCUGAUCCUGUGCGGGACAUUCGUUGUGAGUUCUGCGGUGAGUUUUUUGAGAACCGAAAGGGGCUUUCUAGCCAUGCCAGAUCUCACUUGCGCCAGAUGGGAGUAACUGAAUGGUCAGUCAAUGGCUCCCCCAUAGAUACACUCCGAGAGAUUAUAAAGAAGAACAAGCCAUGCUUGAUAAAGAAGGAGCCGACCGCAAUGACCAUUGAGCUUCCAAAGCCUAUGGGGGAGGAUGGAGGUAUGCCAAAGUCCCCUGGGAAAAUGCUGCAGUCCAUGACUUUGUCCCCUCUGGGCGGGAAGGCAGGAAAACCAAACCUUGGUCGAGAGAUUUCCUUAUCUCCACUCAAGUCGCAGGAGGGUUUCUUGGCAUCACUUUCUACUAAGCGCCCACUGUUGGAUGAGAAGCUGAGUGGCCCCAGUGAAAUGAAGCAGAAAACCUACAUCCAGACUGAGCUGCCAUUCAAAGCCAAGCACGUGCAUGAAAAGCCUGCUCAUACAUCCAGUGAAGCCUGCUGUGAACUGUGUGGCCUGUACUUUGAGAACCGCAAGGCGCUGGCCAGCCAUGCUCGUGCCCACCUCAGACAGUUUGGAGUGACUGAGUGGUGUGUGAACGGCUCUCCAAUUGAGACUCUGAGUGAGUGGAUCAAGCAUCGACCCCAGAAAGCUGGAGCAUAUCGCAGCUAUAUCCAAGGUGGGCGGCCCUUUACCAAGAAGUUUCGCAAUGCCCCUCAUGUGCGCGACAAUGAGGCCCCUGGGAAGAAAGCUCCCCUGAGCCUGCAAGCAGGCAGCCCUCCACUGCUGAGCAGAAGUCUAGGAGGGGAGAUGGUGCCUAGUGAACCCAGCAAAGCUGUGGAUGGAAGCAGCGAAAGACCUGCAGUCACCUCACCUCUUUCACUGGUAAAGAUGGAAGAGCAUCACCAACAUAACAUCAACAAAUUUGAACAGAGGCAGGCCAAGCCCCUUGAGACUCCUGCACUUCAAGAAGAGGAAGCCAGCGACAUGCAGCAGAAAUCUGAAGAGGUCCGCCAGGCACACCCCAGAGUGAGACCAGUACCAUCCUUGGUUCCUAGGCCACCGCAAACUUCCUUGGUGAAGUUUGUGGGUAAUAUCUACACACUGAAAUGCAGAUUUUGUGAAGUGGAGUUCCAUGGGCCCCUCUCCAUCCAAGAAGAAUGGGUGAGGCAUCUCCAGCGCCACAUCUUGGAGACUAACUUCUCCAAGGCAGAUGCCUUGCGAAGUGGGACCGACAUGCCUGCAGCACCAUCUGUAGCUGAGGCCCAGUAGGAAGUGCCAGCAUUCCAAGGGUUUCUCCCUUCUAAAUGAACAAAAUUAAUGGUUAGCGAAAGAGGUGAAAGCAGUAUUUAAACUUCUGGGCUCUCUUGCUUUCCUGUAAGUGAGGUUUUUGUAGACCUACUUGGACUUGGGGCAGGGGGAAGGAUCCCAGAAUUUGAGCACUAAAGAAACCAUGCUGGUUUUGUGGACAUGCUCCUUACUGAUGGCAGUGGUAAUCCAGGCUGUAGUUUGCUUUUGU